AUGCUGCUCCGAUCUGCCCACAAGGCAGCAGCCAAAGGCUUCCCUGGGAGGAGGAGGAGGAGGAGGAGGAGGAGGAAGGGCAAGGCCUCCGUGGCUCCCAAGGCGCCCUUCCCGCCCCCUCCUCCUCCUCCUCCUCCUCCUCCUCCGGCCAUUUUGCCUCUCGAGGGCCAUCCUUACCCUGGCGGGCCAGUGCGGGUAGCCCUUCAUCUUGGCGAAGACCAGGUCUCCGCUCUUGUACUCGCGCGGCCGGUUGGAGCGGGACAUGGCCCUCCUGGCGGGGCUCCUCCGCCGCCUGCUUCUCCUUCCCAGGGGCCUCGCCGCCUUCCCUUCCGGGCCUCGCCGCGGCGCUUGUUUGGGUUCCUUCGGAGGCGGAGGGGGCCGAGGGCGAGCUGCGACAGGGCUCCUCCCCUUCCUGCCCCGGAAGGAAGGAAGAGGCAACCAGGGAUUGAAGCCGAAGGCGGCCCGAUUGCGGCGGCGCUGGCUUCAGGGUCCGGGCGGCGAGGGGCGGGGCUUGGCGCUUCUGGCGCUCGAGGAGGAGGCCCCGCCCACCGGCGGCCAUUUUGCCCGCUCUCCGCCGCUGCCGCAAGGGCCGACGGGAGACUCGCAUUCCCGGCAGCCCCCGCGCGAGAGCGCUACAGCAGGCGGGCCAAUGGCCGCUUCCGGCGCGGGGGAUUCUGGGAGUCGCUGAGGCAGGGCUCCCCGGCGGCCGCCAUUAUCCGGAGGCGCCUCGGGGCCGCGGAGGAGAGGCGGGAACGGCAGGAGCUGCCAUGGGCGCCGCUGCGGCCUAGAGGGCUCCGCCGAGGGAGAGCGGGGCCUAGCGCCCAGGGAGGAGCCUCGCACUCGCGUAACAUGUCUCUGGUGGCCUACGCCAGCAGCGAGGAGGAGGAGGAAGGCGAGAGCGACGCAGCCGAGGAAGAAGGAGGAGGAGGAGGAGAGCGGGGGGAGGCCGGCGAGGAGCGCGGGGGCCUCUUCUCGGCCCUCCCGCCGCCGCUGCGCCCUCCUCCUCCUCCCGCUCUUUCCUCCGGGGCCAGGAAGAGGACGCAGCCCGUCCGCAUCGCCGCCCCGCAGCUGCACUCCGAGGAGUCAGAUUCAGAGGAGGAUGAGCCGGCUAAGAAGCAGCCCCCCUCCCAGGGCCACGGCGAAGGCUCCGGCUUGUCUGCUCUGCUUCCGCAGCCCAAAAACCUGACUGUGAAGGAGACCAACCGGCCGCUCUUGCCCUACGUUUUCUCUAGGAAAGCAGCCGAGAGCUCCCCAGAGGGCCCCCCCUCUAAGCCCAAGCCCUCCCUGCUACCCAAGGCCGCCUCCGCCGUCACAACCACCACGACCACCCCCUCCCCCUCGGCCAUCAAGGCGGCCGCCAAGAGCGCUGCCCUUCAGGUGACCAAGCAGAUCACCCAGGAGGAGAACGAGAGUGACGAGGAGGUGGCCCCCGAGAACUACUUCUCCUUGCCCGAGCGGAAGGAGCCGCCCGCCCCCACCGGCCCAGAGGCCUUCCUCUUCACGGGAACGGUGGUGCCAGACGACCUGCCCCCUGGGACGGAGCCCGAGGGCCAGGAUGCCACCACAGCCGCUGCCAACGCCCCUUUGGAGUUCAAGACGGUGCCGGGUUCAAGCGUUAUUUCCCACGGCUGGGCACCCAAGCCUGAUGAAGAGUACGGCUUCAGUGAAGCGGGGGCCACCGGCAGUUACUAUCAGCACCAGGAGUACUACAGCAGCGGCUAUUACCAGGAGACAGACCCUGCACUGGGGCCGCAGCAGGAGGCCAGCAGUGAUGCUACCUCUACCACUGCUGCUUCAUCUUCCUCCUCCUCCUCUUCUUCCUCUUUCAUGGACGAUGAAGCGUUCAAGCGCUUGCAAGGCAAGCGGAACCGCGGGCGAGAGGAAAUCAACUUUGUGGAGAUCAAGGGAGAUGACCAGCUGAGUGGGGCCCAGCAGUGGCUGACCAAGUCCUUGACGGAGGAGCAAAACAUGAAGUCCUUCAGCAAGAAAAAAGGGGAGCAGCCCACAGGGCAGCAGCGGCGGAAGCACCAGAUCACAUACCUGAUUCACCAGGCAAAAGAACGAGAGCUGGAGCUGAAGAACACGUGGGCAGAGAACAAGCUGAGCAGGCGGCAGACACAGGCCAAGUAUGGCUUUUAGGACCUCUCCUCCUGGCUUGUGGCCAGCCAGCCUGUGAGCCGGUCAGCCUCCAGGACUCUUGCAACUCCUGCAAGGAGGUGCCCCAGUGAGCGAUGGUGGAGGCGGCACUCGGGCAACCACUGCCAGCCGAGGGAGCAGUGGGCGCUGGCAUCUCUCUGAUCACUGUGGCUUCCUAGCAGGGGGACUGGGCCAGGCUCCUCUGGAGGGGAAGGAUGGACGGCUGGACAGAUCCUCUUGAGGUCUGCAACAUUUGCCCACUGGCCACCAGAUGGACAGCCUUCCCUUUGGACUGCUCUCUUUUUCCCUUCUGGUAGCCCUCAGGACACAGAGGCUGCCUCAGGCAAGCUGGACACCAGCAGCCCCUGUUCCCCGCUUUCCAUGGAGGAGCCUGUCUGUGGAGUGCAGCAGGAAGGGCUUAUUGCUUCGUGGCCUCAAUAGCCCCCUCAGUCCCUGGGCGUCGAGCUUGGGUCCUAUUUGCUUGAGAGCCCUUGGGCUGUCCAGCUCCCUCUUUUUUGGGGGGUGGGUGUAUUUGCGUUCCAGGCCCUGCGUCCCCCAAAGAGCCUCCCCUUCCUGGUUUUGUGGGUUAGGGACCAGCAGCUCCAUCUCAGUUCCCGCUUGAGAACGCUGGUUCCGAAAGCAGCCCUGGCCUCUGCUCCUGAGCGAGAGUGUUUGGCAUGCUUGGCACCAAAUGCCAUAGCAGGUGGCUUGCUGUAUCUGCCCAGCCCUAAGGAUGCAGUAAGUGGCACCCUUCUUCCCCUGAGGCUCUGGGGACCUCUUGUUGCCUUGCCAGCCAUGGGCCCUGCCAUGAGCAGGUGGGGCUGAGCCCAAGGCUCUACUGUGGGGCGGAGGGGGCUGUGCAUAUGCCCCUCCUGCCCCACACUGGAGCCCUUCUGGCGGAGGAGGAUGCCCCUUCUAACUGAUGGGUGCCCUUUCCCUUCUCUCUCUGUUUCUGGGGAGAGGGUGGGUUUCCAGGCCAGAGCCCUCCAGCCCCCUCCUUGCUCCCCAUUGACCCUCUAAAGUGCCCCCGGGCUCUUUCUCCCCACCCUCCUUGGGUUGUUUGUCUUGUUGCCCGUUGUCCAUUUUGCAGCUGCCCCCCUUUUGGAAGAGGUGUCUUCUUGGCUGCAGGAGUUGGGGGAAUGAUAUUUUUACUAAGAGAAAGUUCUAGUUUAUUUCCUGGACUCUUUAGUACUUAGGAAUACUGCAUUUUCCUUUUGAAUAUUCCAAAUAAAAGACCUCGUUCAGA